UAUAUAUACAUCUCCCCAUAUGUUAACUCACUUUCAUUUACCAGCCUUGAAGCUUCUACAAUUCUACUGUUGCUCAUCACAUUCAUGGUGAUGGGGUUUUCAUUGCAUCUGUUGCUUCUAUUUGUUCACUUGGCUAUAUGUUCUUCGGAGCAAACAUUCCCCUAUAUGACUUCAAAUGUCGAAGAAGUAGCCGGUAGGUCCUUCGACUACAUUGUUGUUGGCGGAGGCACUGCGGGCUGCCCCCUAGCUGCAACCUUGUCUGAGAAAUUCUCAGUGCUGUUGGUGGAACGAGGUGGCUCGCCUUAUGGAGACCCCUUCAUCUUAGAGUCAAAGUACUAUGGAUUCUCAUUGCUCCAAACUGAUGAAUAUACAUCACCUGCACAAAGUUUUGUCUCGAAAGAUGGUGUCAGCAAUCUCAGAGGACGGGUGCUAGGAGGAUCAUCUGCUCUUAAUGGUGGGUUUUACAGCAGAGCAAGUAAGGAUUUUGUGAAAAAGGUCGGGUGGGAUAAUAAGGGAGUAAGGGAUGCUUAUGAAUGGGUGGAAUCUAGAUUAAGCAUCUCUAAACCUGAUUUGACUCCAUGGUCGAAUGUUGUUGCGACUAGCUUUCUUGAAGCUGGAAUUUGCCCCUAUAAUGGUUUUAGUUUGGAGCAUAUUCAGGGAACAAAGAUUGGUGCUAGUUCGUACGAUAAUCAGGGAAGAAGACACUUAUCAGCUGAUCUUCUACCGGCAGGAAAUCCAAGCAAGAUCACAGUUCUCUUGAAUGCAACUGUAAACAAAGUCAUCUUUUACAGAACUCGUAAGCAUGGUACCACAGAUGAGAAGAUAGCUCGAGGUAUAAGAUUCAUCAAGAGCGAUGGCAGCUCGAAACAGAAUUAUGAAGCUUACGUGAACCAGCUGCAGCCAGAUAACUCGGGUUCAUGGGGUGAUGUGAUACUAACAGCAGGAGCUUUAGGCAGCCCUCAGAUUUUGUUGUUAAGUGGCAUUGGCCCUCAAGAACAGCUAAACAACUUUGAAAUCCCGCUCGUACUCGACUUAAAGGGAGUUGGAGAAGGAAUGCAAGACAAUGCUGCUAUUGGAAUCUUAGCCAACUUCAACCCGGAAUAUCGUACACCACAACCUCCAAAAGUUGUUGGUAUAGCAGAUGACUUCAAAUUCAUAAUCAAUGUAAUAAUUUUACCUAUUAGCUUCAAUGAAACAAUAAUUCCCGUUACUGGCAAAAUUGCCUUCCCAGAUUCCGUAGGAAAGCUUGAACUCAACAGCACCGACCCCAGAGCAAACCCAUCAGUGACAUUCAACUACCUAUCAAGCGAGAAAGACUUGGCACAGUGUGUGACGCUGACCCAGCUGCUUGAGCUAACUUUAAGGUCCAAAUCAAUCGCUUCCUUCCUGGGUUCGAAUGAACACCGAAACAAGCCGAUGCCUACUCAAGACGAGCUCCGGAAACUCUGCAAGACGACUGUCAGAACCUUCUACCACUACCAUGGUGGUUGCACUAUGGGGUCAGUGGUCGACAAGAAUUAUAGGGUUUAUGGUGUUAAAGGCUUGAGAGUGAUUGAUGGAUCAACCUUCCUGGAAUCACCAGGCACAAACCCAAUGGCCACUCUGCUAAUGCUUGGAAGAUACCAAGGGCUCAAAAUUCUUAAAGAUAGAAAAUAAAGCUGCUUCCUUAAUCAAUCCCAGAACCUGAUCAGCUUGUAUUAUCCGAUUACAAGCUCAGAAAUUAAAUAAACACAGCAGCCUAUGCAUCUGCUAAUUAAUACUAGCAGUCACACACGCAAUGCGUAUGCAAUUUAAAGGUCUCGACAUUAUUCAAGUAUCAAAUGGCAAACAAAAUAAAGAAAUCCAGCCUCUGUUAUCAAACAUGGGCUGUUAUUGUUAGGCAACUAGUAACCAAAAGAAAUUAAAAGAGGGGCUUGUCGAGAUAAAUUGCAGCUGCUUCUGUGUAAACUCUUGUGGGUAUUACUUGGAACCGAGUAGUUUUAUAUAUUGCAAUAUAUAAAUUCUAGACUGUUCAGAUAUCAUAUAAGCUCUACAAAUUCCAUGAUAACUUCUGUAUGUGAAAUGUUGUCCA